UAGCAUAUUUUUUCUUUCUUUCUCUUCCUGAUGAUGCCAAGUCCUGCUUGCUUGACAAACAAGCUUGCUCUCAUUUGCAUUUGAUGACAUUUUCUAAUAACAUUCUAUGCACUAUGGAUUAUAUUUUGUUUGUUUGUUUUUUUUUGCUUAAUUUAAAGGGGACAGCAUUUUAUUUAACAAUUAACAUGUUCUAUGCAGCUACACUAGUCUAAAUGGUAGUCUGAUUAAUGUGAUGUUUAUAUAAUAUGAAUUAAGAUGCAACACUUUAUAAACCUCAUGUGGCAAUUUUGUCACUUGCUAUCGACUGAAAAUGACUUCAGAGUGCCGAAGAGCUCAGGUAACGACUGUUAGGACUCGCCUGUUUACUGGGUUUGGUUGUGUGACGUUCACAAGCUUCGCCCUCAGGCUCUGUGAUGUCAUUAUCAGUUGAUAGCGUUGAAAAAAUGCCCCCCCCCCCCACCCAGGCUCAUCAAACUGGAUUUUUUGCUUAAUUAUAUUACACAAACAAAAUAUUAAUCAGAAUGCUUGUGGGGGUGCAUAAACAAUGUGUUGGAAAGAAAAUGUUUGACUUGACUUACCCUUUAAUGCUUUACGCUUUGUCAUUCAGUGAAUGACUGCUAAUAUUACGCUGUCCAAUACUAAUUGCGUGUACAUUAUUUUUACCACUGAGAGGAAGAAGUGUUAUUGUACACGUCUGAAUCCAAACUGUUAUUCGUAGUUGUUUCUCAAGAAGUUUGUCUUUUUAGUGUUUUGUUCUAUGUGACUGUUAGGAUGAAAUAUUGUACAUGACUAUAUAUUUACUUUGUUUUGUGUGUGCGUGUUGUUUAUGAGGAAUCUGAACCUAAAAAAAUAUUUGUAAAUCUGUCCCUACAAGUUUCUUGCAUAAUUAAUAGAACACCCACGUCAACAAAUUAUUGUUGUUUAUGCCUUAUCUUCAAGGCUAAAUCCAGAAAUUGAAACAAAGUGCCAGGUUUUGUUUUUAAGAAAGUAUGAGCUAAAGUAUUUACACAAAAUGUGACUGUUGUCACACCACCAAAAAUGUUGAUUAUUUGGAGUGAUGUGGUAUUGAAACAGUGUAUACACUGCUGCUAGCCAUUCAACGUCACACACCAAAGGUGAAGCCGUUCCUUAUUGUAUACUGUGAAGUUGACGGAAAACAUACCUACGCUUACGUUACACACACUUUGCAUAUACCGGCGGCGUCGGUUUCCGUGGCAACGGACAACACUGGGAGUCCCAGCUCUGAAACGGGACCUUAACGGACAAUUAUUUAAUUUAUAAGAGUUAGCAUUUCCUUUAGAGCUGUGACAAUAUUACCCAUGAAUGACCCUAAUGGACGAGGAGUCGGUGUCGUCGGAUGUGGAGAACACGGAAGAAAAUCAAGACGAGGACGAAGAAGCUGUAGAGAUUCGCCCUUUGGAUCACGAUAUUAUAGUCCCAGGUCUGUCUUUGCUGUGCCGAACAGGGAAUGGAUUGAGACACGCGUUUAUUAAAGUCAUCUUGAAGGACAAAAGACUAAGCGACAUUGCUGCAAUCAGCGAUUAUGUUCACCUUCGCUUCAUGGAUGUGUCCAACAACCGUAUUUCUGACCUUUCACCUCUAUCAUCCCUCACUCAGCUUCUUUGGCUCAAGAUUGACAGGAAUUACGUAACAUGCUUCCAAGGAGAAACCUUUUCUCAACUGGCCUACCUGCAGUGGCUGAGUAUGGCAGGAAACCGGCUUACUGAGGUGCAAGGUCUUGUUGGACUAGCUUUGGAAAGUCUCAAUCUUUCAGGGAAUCGUAUCGAGCGAUUAAAUGGCCUUGAGAGUUGCCUUUUUUCGAAACUGGCUACUUUGGAGCUGAGAGGAAACCGCUUGACUACAACUAGUGGGAUCAACCUUCCCAAUUUGCAGCGAUAUAUCUGGUAAAAAAUAAAAAGUCUGUUUGUAAUGCUUGCCCAAAAUCUUAUUACAAAUCUUGAGGGUAUAGAGACGUUAGAGAACCUCACCACUCUCCAUCUCCGCAACAACAAACUUGCUAAUCUAGAUGGACUCAGCGCCAACAUGAAAUGUCUCCAAUAUCUCAACGUCAGAAGCAACGACUUCCUUGAUGAGACCUGUCUACUGGCUCUUGGCCAGGUGUCUGCAACCCUGCGAGUGGUGGUCCUCUCAGAGAAUCCGCUGGACGGGACCACAGAUUACCGGCCGUAUGUCCUAACUCUCAUUCCAAAACUGGAGUGCCUUGAUAAAGAGCCUGUCUCCCUGGAGGAGAGGGCUGAGGUGUGGAAGACAAUUAAGGAACUCAAAGAGGAAACAGCCUAAGUCAAACAUUUGUAAUAGUUGCUCCACUUCCUGGAAAAUACUAGUUGGGGAUAGAUGUAUAUGUAGAAAUGCUUUGAAUCCUGCAGUAAUUAGGUUACUUCCGCUUUUUGAGUGAUGACGUUUGGUGGGCGGGGCUUGAGUGCAGUUAAAUCCCCUCACUUCCGACACCCCUGUCCUCCUCCUGAACGGACGCUGCAGGCGUGGGUCAGCAACGAACCAACGACACCGGGAAGUGGAAACGUCAAAUUACUGAAUAUCAGUUACACAUUUCCUUAAGCAACUCCGACGCUCACAA